UUUACCAAUCAGGUGUGUUUAUUGGCAUCAUCUACAUCAAUGUUAUUUGAUCAUUUCCACUUUACAACUGAUAUUUAAAAGAAAACUCAAUUAAUUAUACAUGAUUGGUAAUUAAAUGUGUAAAGAAAUAGAUGCAGCAUUAAUUGUGUUGACCUGAAAAAUACAAAUCGCUGUUUGCUAUAGAAAUCUAGAAAUUCUCUUGAAGUUGUCACUGUCCACUGUGACUCUCUCUCUCUCUCUUGUUAUGUUAAUAUAAAAUCACAUAAAAUUGGCUAAAAAGUAUUUUUUUACUUUUAAAGAAUCACCAAUAUGUAUCAUGUUUGAAAGACUCUGCAAAGAUGUUCUACAAACAUAUAACCAGGCUUCUAUAAAACAUGGCUGAAUUACAGUAAAAUAUUUCGUCUGAGAGAAAAACAAGGAAUUUUUUUACUUCUGUGUCUGAAAUGAAGAAGAGAUAAUUUUCUCUUUUAAACAUACUUUGAUGAAUUAUCAAAAGUAUUUGCAACAUUUCUAAAUAUUGACAAUGAUCACAUUUAGAAAAAAGUAUAACAAAAGUGAUAUUUGUUUGGAAUAAACUAUAAAAACAAAAAUAACAAUAUGCAUAUAUUUUGGUGAGAAAAGAAAUAUUUUUGAAAAGUUAUUGAAGUGUACAACUUGAAGGAUUGAUUUUUCCUGAAGAGAUGUCAGAAGAAUUAGGAAAAUCAUCACAUGACUGUGGCAUCAGCACAAAGUCAUUCUCAGAAGAAGGUAAACUCAAUCUACAUAAACAAAUUCAUAGAGGAGAAAAACAACAUCAUUGUUAUAUCUGUGGUAAAUCAUUCUCUUACAAAAGAAAUUUAACUAGACACAAUCGUAUUCAUACUGGAGAGAAACCAUAUGAGUGUGAUGUCUGUAAUAAAUCAUUCUCUCAAAGAGAUAAUUUAACUGCUCACAAACGCAUUCAUACAGGAGAGAAACCAUAUCAGUGUGAUAUCUGCAGUAAGUCAUUCUCUCGAAAUCACCAAUUAACUGAACACAGACGUACUCAUACAGGAGAAAAACCAAAUCGUUGUGACAUCUGUGGUGUAACAUUUGCUGCUAUGAGCACUGUAAUUGCACACAAGCGUAUCCAUACAGGAAUAAAACUAUACCAAUGUGAUAUCUGUGGUAAAUCAUUCUCUGCUGUGAGUACCUUAACUACUCACAAACGCAUUCAUACUGGUGAGAAACCAUUUCAUUGUGAUAUCUGUGGUAAAGCAUUUUCUGAAAGACAUAAGGUAACCACUCACAAACGCAUUCAUACAGGGGAGAAACCAUUUCAUUGUGAUAUCUGUGGUAAAGCAUUCUCUCAGAAAACUGACAUAACUACUCACAAACGUAUUCAUACAGGGGAGAAACCGUAUCAUUGUGACAUCUGUGGUAAAUCAUUCUCUGUUGGCAGUAGUUUAACUCAACACAAAUAUAUUCAUACAGGUGAGAAACCACAUCACUGUGAUAUCUGUGGUAAAUCAUUCUAUAAAAAUUCACAAUUAGUCAGUCAUAAACGCAUUCAUACAGGAGAAAAGCCAUACCACUGUGAUAUCUGUGGUAAGUCAUUCUCUCAAAAUAAGAAUUUAACUACCCAUAAACGCACUCAUACAGGUGAGAAGCCAUAUUACUGUGAUAUUUGUGGUAAUUCAUUCUCUCAAAGUUACCAGUUAACUCUACACAGACGUAUUCACACAGGGCAAAAACCAUAUCACUGUGAUAUCUGUGGUAAGUCAUUCUCUCAAAAUCAACACUUAGCUAUACACAAACGCACUCAUACAGGAGAGAAACCAUAUCACUGUGAUAUCUGUGGUAAAUCAUUUGCUGUUAGAAGUAAGGUAACUUCUCACAAACGUGUUCAUACAGGGGAGAAACCGUAUCAUUGUGACAUCUGUGGUAAAUCAUUCUCUUUUGGAUGUAGUUUAACCACUCACAAACGUACCCAUACAGGUGAGGAAGUACAUUAUUGUGAUAUCUGUGGGAAAUCGUUUUCUUAUGGAUGUAGUUUAACUAGACACAAACGUAUUCAUACUGGAGAGAAGCCAUGUUAGUUAAUCAUUCUCUGUUCAGAUUAGCUUCACUGAAAACGAAUUUAUUUAUACAAGAGAGAGACUAUACAACUGCGAUAUCAUAUUCAUAUCUGUUGCAUCUAACUUUUCCUGAAGAGAGGAAUUUUGCAUCCCAUACAUAUGUGUAGAUGUGUGUGUAUAUAUAUAUAUAUAUAUAUAUAUAUAUGUGUGUUGAGGCAGUCAAAGCAAUUGUGGUCUUUCUAAGGUGAGGAUCUAUAAUAAAAAUGUAAUUUUUCUAUACAAACCUUUUGUUGUCAAAUACUCUGAAUUUCUUGAAUUUCUGCCAAUUAUAAUUACAUUUACUGAUGUCUAAUUGUUGAAUAAACAGAAGAACAUUCUUUUUUUCAAUUUAUAUUAAAGGCAGAAAUUUCCUGUACAUUUAUGUCUUGCAGAGUUUGUACAACUGAAAGUGCUAAUAGAGAAUUAUCCAAAAUUCUGACUAGUUCGUUCUUAAUAUAUAUGAUGCACCAUCAAUUGAUACAAAUUGUCAAAAGUCAGUGAAAAAUCUGGAAAAUCUUUUCACUCAGUCUGCUAAAUAUAUUCAUUAAGUAUUGACUUUUAGUAAAAUGAGUUCUAAUAAAUAUAGUAGAGAUCUAUUUAUUUUUUUAUUUUGGUCAUAUCAAUUUGUUGCUACGGUGAGUCUCACCUGUAGGACCACAGUAUCUUCUGGUGUGUCAUGACUCAUAGCUUGCCUGAGGAGCCUGUGCACUGGCAGAUGAAACUCAGAGUAACAAGAGGCUGACUCAACCCAAAUAAUACAUACCUAUAUAUAGAGAGAGUGAGAGAGAGAUUUAGAUUCAAAAUUGAAUAUGGUACUUAUG